AUUUUGAGCAGUAAUGGACCUCUUUAGAGUUAGGUUUUUCUGUUUGUUUUGUUUUGUUUUUUACCUUGCAGCAUCACACAGGUGCACAACUUUAUGGAUCUGAUCUCUUCUUUAUGCUUUUUUUCCCCUUCUGCUUUCUUUCACUUACAUCAGUUUGCAUAAAUGAAUGCACUGUCGAGUUCCCAUGAAGAGUAGACAAAAAUACAGGUGUCCUCAUAAUAAUCAGUGCCACUAAUUCUCCACUCCAGUUAUACUUCAGUCUCAGAGAAAUACUAUAUAAAGCAGACGGCACAGUUAUUACUAGAGGAACUGAGGUUACUGAUUAGAAGGGAACGUAAUCAGGUAGAUUGAGCCUGGGAGGGAAGAAACCAUUGCCGUGAGAGGGGAGCAUUGGCAAAAUGCUGUCUGUGAAGCUGACUCUGUGAAGAACACCUCACUAUUUACAGCAACCGGAGUGGAAGAAACAGGUGCAAAAAGAUUGUGCGUUUGUUCGCUUUUGUGAGCCUGGAUAGAGAUUAUGUACCUGUUUUAUCUGUGCCUGGCUAUGGCUCUACCUCCAGGUUUAUCAUACCCCAUAGAAUGUGUAAGAGAAAAGUACCAACAGGGAAAUCAGCAAAAAGCUUUUCUAUGAAGGUGUAACCAGCCUCCGCAGAAUUUGAAAUGUCUGAGGUCUCAUCUGAUGAAAGAGAAGAUGUUCAAAAGAAAACAUUCACAAAAUGGAUAAAUGCACAAUUUUCUAAGUUUGGAAAGCAGCACAUAGAGAACCUCUUCAGUGACCUGCAGGAUGGGAGACGCCUCCUGGACCUCCUUGAAGGCCUAACAGGGCAAAAACUGCCAAAAGAAAAAGGAUCUACACGAGUUCAUGCCCUGAACAAUGUCAACAAGGCACUGCAGGUCUUGCAGAAAAAUAAUGUUGAUUUAGUGAAUAUUGGAAGCACUGACAUAGUUGAUGGAAAUCAUAAACUGACUCUUGGUUUGAUUUGGAAUAUAAUCCUCCAUUGGCAGGUAAAAAAUGUAAUGAAAAAUAUCAUGGCUGGAUUGCAACAAACCAACAGUGAAAAGAUUCUCUUGAGCUGGGUCCGACAAUCAACUCGUAAUUAUCCACAAGUUAAUGUUAUCAACUUUACCACCAGCUGGUCUGAUGGCCUGGCGUUGAAUGCUCUCAUUCAUAGUCAUAGGCCAGAUCUGUUUGAUUGGAAUAGUGUUUGCCAGCAAUCAGCCACACAACGACUGGAACAUGCAUUCAACAUUGCCAAAUGUCAGUUAGGCAUAGAGAAAUUACUCGAUCCUGAAGAUGUUGCUACCACUUGUCCAGAUAAGAAGUCCAUCUUAAUGUAUAUAACAUCACUGUUUCAAGUUUUGCCUCAGCAAGUCAGUAUUGAAGCUAUUCAGGAAGUGGAAAUGUUGCCAAGGCCAUCAAAGGUGACUAAAGAGGAACACUAUGAAUUACAUCACCAAAUGCAUUAUUCUCAACAGAUCACUGUCAGUCUUGCACAGGGCUAUGAGCAAACAACUUCUUCUUCUAAGCCUCGAUUCAAGAGCUAUGCCUAUACACAGGCUGCUUAUGUCACCACCUCCGAUCCCACAAGGAGCCCAUUUCCUUCAAAGCAUUCAGAAGCUCCUGGAGACAAGUCCUUUGGCAGUUCUUUGACAGAGACUGAAGUGAACCUGGACAGCUACCAAACAGCUUUAGAGGAAGUCCUCUCAUGGCUUCUUUCAGCUGAGGAUGCAUUGCGAGCGCAAGGAGAGAUUUCAAAUGAUGUAGAAGAAGUAAAGGAACAAUUUCAUACUCAUGAGGGGUACAUGAUGGAUUUAACAGCCCACCAGGGACGGGUUGGUAAUGUCCUACAAUUGGGCAGUCAACUGAUUGGAACCAGAAAACUAUCAGAAGAUGAAGAAAUUGAAGUCCAGGAACAAAUGAAUCUCCUAAAUUCAAGAUGGGAAUGCCUCAGAAUAGCUAGCAUGGAGAAACAGAGCAAUUUACAUAAAGUUCUAAUGGAUCUUCAGAAUCAAAAACUAAAAGAGUUAAAUGAUUGGCUAACAAAAACUGAAGAGAGAACAAAGAAAAUGGAGGAAGAACCCCUUGGACCUGACCUUGAAGACCUAAAACGCCAAGUACAACAACAUAAGGUGCUUCAAGAAGAUCUAGAACAGGAGCAAGUGAGGGUCAAUUCUCUCACUCACAUGGUGGUAGUAGUUGAUGAAUCUAGUGGAGAUCAUGCAACCGCUGCUUUGGAAGAACAACUUAAGGUGCUGGGAGAUAGAUGGGCAAACAUCUGUAAGUGGACAGAAGAGCGCUGGGUUCUUUUGCAAGAUAUUCUUCUGAAAUGGCAGCGUUUUACUGAAGAACAGUGCCUUUUUAGUACAUGGCUUUCAGAAAAAGAAGAUGCAGUGAACAAGAUUCACACAACUGGCUUUAAAGACCAAAAUGAAAUGUUAUCAAGUCUUCAAAAAAUGGCUAUUUUAAAAGCAGAUCUAGAAAAGAAAAAACAAACAAUGGACAAACUCAGUUCACUCAGUCAAGAUCUUCUUUCAACGCUGAAAAAUAAGUCAGUGACACAAAAGAUUGAAGCAUGGAUGGAAAACUUUGCACAGCGUUGGGAUAAUUUAUUCCAAAAACUUGAAAAGAGCUCAUCACAAAUUUCACAGACUGUCACCACCACUCAGCCAUCACUAACACAGACAACUGUAAUGGAAACGGUAACUAUGGUGACCACAAGGGAACAAAUCCUGAUAAAGCAUGCCCAAGAGGAACUUCCACCCCCACCUCCACAAAAGAAGAGGCAAAUUAUUGUGGAUUCUGAAAUUAGGAAAAGGUUGGAUGUCGAUAUAACUGAACUUCACAGUUGGAUUACGCGUUCAGAAGCUGUGUUGCAGAGUCCUGAAUUUGCAAUCUAUCGAAAAGAAGGCAACUUCUCAGACCUUAAAGAAAAAGUCAAUGCCAUAGAGCGAGAAAAAGCGGAGAAAUCCAGAAAACUGCAAGAUGCCAGCAGAACAGCUCAGGCCCUGGUGGAACAGAUGGUGAAUGAGGGUGUUAAUGGUGACAGCAUCAGACAAGCCUCAGAACAACUGAACAGCAGGUGGACAGAGUUCUGCCAGUUGCUAAGUGAGAGACUUAACUGGUUAGAGUACCAGAACCGCAUCAUCACUUUCUAUAAUCAGCUGCAACAACUGGAACAGAUGACAACCACUGCUGAAAACUGGUUUAAAACCCAACCCACCUCCACUUCAGAUCCAACAGCACUUAAAAGCCAGUUAAAAAUCUGUAAGGAUGAAGUCAAAAGGAUGUCAGCUCUUCAAUCCCAAAUUGAGCGAUUAAAAAUUCAAAGCAUAGCUUUGAAAGAGGAAGGGAAAGGACCAAUGUUCCUGGACGCAGACUUUGUGGCCUUUACAAAUCAUUUUAACCAAGUCUUUGCUGAUAUGCAGGCCAAAGAGAAAGAGCUACAGACAAUUUGUGACAGUUUGCCACCAGUGCACUAUCAGGAGACAAUGAGUACCAUUCGGACAUGGAUCCAGCAAUCAGAAACCAAACUCUCUAUACCUCAGCUUAGUGUCACAGAAUACGAAAUCAUGGAGCAGCGACUUGGAGAGUUGCAGGCUUUGCAAAGUUCUCUGCAAGAGCAACAAACUGGCCUAAACUAUCUCAGCACCACUGUAAAAGAGAUGUCAAAGAAAGCACCUUCUGAAAUUAGCAGAAAAUAUCAAUCAGAAUUUGAGGAGAUAGACGAGCGCUGGAAGAAGGUAUCCUCACAGCUCCUUGAACAUUGUCAAAAGCUGGAUGAACAGAUGAAUAAACUUCGAAAAAUUCAGAAUCACAUAAAAACCCUGAAGAAAUGGAUGGCUGAAGUUGAUGUUUUCCUGAAGGAGGAAUGGCCAGCCCUUGGGGAUUCAGAAAUCCUUAAAAAACAGCUGAAACAGUGCCGACUUUUAGUCAAUGAUAUUCAGACAAUCCAGCCAAGUUUAAACAGUGUCAAUGAAGGCGGUCAGAAGAUCAAGAGUGAAGCAGAGCCAGAGUUUGCCUCCAGACUUGAUACAGAACUCAAAGAACUUAAUGCUCAGUGGGAGAACAUGUGCAGACAGGUCUACGCCAGAAAGGAAGCCUUAAAGGGAGGUUUGGAUAAAACUGUAAGCCUCCAGAAAGAUCUGUCAGAGAUGCAUGAAUGGAUGACACAAGCUGAAGAAGAAUAUCUAGAGAGGGAUUUUGAAUAUAAAACACCAGAUGAAUUACAGUCAGCAGUUGAAGAGAUGAAGAGAGCUAAAGAGGAGGCCCAGCAGAAGGAAACGAAAGUACAACUCCUUACUGAAACUGUGAAUAGUGUCAUAGCUCAAGCUCCACCUGCAGCACAAGAGGCCUUAAAAAAGGAACUUGACACUCUCACCACCAACUACCAGUGGCUCUGCACCAGGCUGAAUGGGAAAUGCAAGACUUUGGAAGAAGUUUGGGCAUGUUGGCACGAAUUAUUGUCAUACUUGGAAAAGGCAAACAAAUGGCUAAAUGAAGUAGAAUUAAAACUUAAAACCACUGAAAGUAUUCCUGGUGGAGCUGAAGAAAUUUCUGAGGUGCUAGAAUCUCUUGAAAAUUUGAUGCGGCAUUCAGAGGAUAACCCGAAUCAAAUUCGCAUUUUGGCACAGACCUUAACAGAUGGUGGCGUCAUGGAUGAGCUGAUCAAUGAGGAACUCGAGACAUUUAAUUCUCGUUGGCGAGAACUACAUGAAGAGGCUGUGAGGAGGCAAAAGUUGCUUGAACAGAGUAUUCAGUCUGCCCAAGAGAUUGAAAAAUCUUUACACUUAAUUCAGGAAUCCCUUGAAUCCAUUGACAAGCAGUUGGCAACUUAUAUUGCUGACAAAGUGGACGCAGCUCAGAUGCCUCAAGAAGCACAGAAAAUUCAAUCAGAUUUGACAAGUCAUGAGAUCAGCUUAGAAGAAAUGAAGAAACGUAACCAGGGGAAGGAUGCUGCCCAAAGAGUUCUAUCCCAAAUUGAUAUUGCACAGAAAAAACUGCAAGAUGUCUCCUUGAAGUUUCGAUUAUUCCAGAAACCUGCCAAUUUUGAACAGCGUCUGGAGGAAAGUAAGAUGAUUUUAGAUGAAGUGAAGACGCACUUGCCUGCGUUGGAAACGAAGAGUAUUGAACAGGAAGUAGUACAGUCACAGUUAAAUCACUGUGUGAAUUUGUAUAAAAGUCUGAGUGAAGUGAAGUCUGAAGUGGAAAUGGUGAUAAAAACAGGACGUCAGAUUGUACAGAAAAAGCAGACAGAAAACCCUAAAGAGCUGGAUGAAAGAGUAACAGCUUUGAAAUUACAUUAUAAUGAGUUGGGUGCAAAGGUAACAGAAAGAAAGCAACAACUGGAGAAAUGCUUAAAAUUAUCCCGUAAGAUGCGAAAGGAAAUGAAUGUCGUGACAGAGUGGCUGGCAGCUACAGAUAUGGAAUUGACGAAGAGGUCAGCAGUUGAAGGAAUGCCAUGUAACUUGGAUUCUGAAGUUGCCUGGGGAAAGGCUAUUCAAAAAGAGGUUGAGAAACAGAAGGUUCACUUGAAGAGUGUCACAGAGAUAGGAGAGGCGUUGAAGGCAGUGCUGGGCAAGAAAGAGACUUUGGUGGAAGAUAAACUCAGUCUUCUGAAUAGUAACUGGAUAGCAGUCACUUCCCGAGCAGAAGAGUGGCUAAACCUUUUGUUGGAAUACCGGAGACACAUGGACACCUUUGACCAGAAUGUGGAUCACAUCACAAAGUGGAUAAAUCAAGCUGAUGCACUUUUGGAUGAAUCUGAGAAAAAGAAAGGCCAAUAUAAAGAAGACAUACUUAAGCGCUUAAAGGCUGAAAUGAAUGACAUACGCCCAAAAGUGGAAUCCACACGCGACCAAGCAGCGAACUUGAUGGCAAACCGUGGCAACCACUGCAGGAAACUAGUAGAGCCCAAAAUCUCAGAGCUCAACCACCGAUUUGCAGCCCUUUCUCACAGAAUUAAGACUGGAAAGGCCUCCAUUCCUUUGAAGGAAUUGGAGCAGUUUAACUCAGAUAUACAAAAAUUGCUUGAACCACUGGAGGCUGAAAUUCAGCAGGGGGUGAAUCUCAAAGAGGAAGACUUCAAUAAAGAUAUGAGUGAAGACAAUGAGGGUACUGUAAAAGAAUUGUUGCAAAGAGGAGACAACUUACAACAAAGAAUCACAGAUGAGAGAAAGCGAGAGGAAAUAAAGAUAAAACAGCAGCUGUUACAGACAAAACAUAAUGCUCUCAAGGAUUUGAGGUCUCAAAGAAGAAAAAAGGCUCUAGAAAUUUCUCAUCAGUGGUAUCAGUACAAGAGGCAGGCUGACGAUCUCCUGAAAUGCUUGGAUGACAUUGAAAAAAAAUUAGCCAGCCUACCUGAACCCAGAGAUGAAAGGAAAAUAAAGGAAAUUGAUCGUGAAUUGCAGAAGAAGAAAGAGGAGCUGAAUGCAGUACGUAGGCAAGCUGAGGGCUUGUCUGAGGAUGGGGCCGCAAUGGCAGUGGAGCCAACUCAGAUCCAGCUCAGCAAGCGCUGGCGGGAAAUUGAGAGCAAAUUUGCUCAGUUUCGAAGACUCAACUUUACACAAAUUCACACUCUGCAUGAAGAAACCAUGAGGGUGAUGACUGAAGACAUGCCUUCGGAAAUUUCUUAUGUGCCUUCUGCUUAUAUGACUGAGAUCACUCAUGUCUCACAAGCCCUUUCCGAAGUGGAACAAAUUCUCAAUGCUCCUGAACUCUGUGCUAAAGAUUUUGAAGAUCUCUUUAAACAAGAGGAGUCCCUGAAGAAUAUAAAAGAUAAUCUGCAACAAAUCUCAGGUCGGAUUGACCUUAUUCACAGCAAGAAGAUGGCAGCACUGCAAAGUGCUUCCCCUGCGGAAAGGCCCAAGCUACAGGAAGCCCUUGCACAGCUUGAUUUCCAAUGGGAAAAAGUCAACAAACUAUACAAGGAUCAGCAAGGACGAUUUGACAGAUCUGUUGAGAAAUGGCGGCGUUUUCAUUAUGACAUGAAGAUAUUUAAUCAAUGGCUAACAGAAGCUGAACAAUUUUUCAAAAAGACACAGAUUCCUGAAAAUUGGGAGCAUGCUAAGUACAAAUGGUAUCUUAAGGAAAAUACGUCAAAUAACAGAUGUGGUACAGUUAGAACAUAUAUAUCAAAGAGUAUAGCCCAUUAUCAAUUCUCAGCUGGAGCCUGGAAAAAAAAAGACAAGGAACUCCAGGAUGGCAUUGGGCAGCGACAAACUGUUGUCAGAAUACUGAAUGCAACUGGAGAAGAAAUAAUUCAACAGUCCUCAAAAACAGAUGCUAAUAUUCUACAGGAAAAAUUGAGAAGCUUGAAUCUGCGGUGGCAGGAGAUCUGCAAACAGCUGACAGAAAGGAAAAAAAGGCAAGAAGAACAAAAGAAUAUCUUGUCGGAAUUUCAAAGAGAUUUAAAUGAGUUUGUUUUAUGGUUGGAAGAGGUGGAUAACAUUACCUGUAUUCCCCUUGAACUUGGAAAUGAGCAACAGCUAACAGAAAAGCUCGAACAAAUCAAGUUAUUGGAGGAAGAGCUUCCCCUGCGCCAGGGAAUUCUAAAACAAUUAAAUGAAACCAGAGGAAUAGCACUUGUAAGUGCUCCCAUAAGCCCAGAAGAGCAAGAUAAACUUGAAAAUAAACUCAAGCACACAAACCUCCAGUGGAUAAAGGUUUCUAGAGCUUUACCUGAAAAACAAAGAGAACUUGAGCUUCACAUAAAAGACCUUGGGCAGCUUGAGGAACAAUUAGAUCAUUUGCUUUUGUGGCUCUCUCCUGUUAGGAGUCAGUUGGAAAUUUAUAAUCAACCAAAUCAAACUGGACCAUUUGACAUUAAGGAAACUGAAGUAGCAGUUCAAGCUAAACAACCGGAUGUGGAAAAGAUUUUGUCUAAAGGGCAGCAUUUGUACAAGGAAAAACCAGCCGCUCAGCCAGUGAAGAGGAAGUUGGAAGACCUGAGCUCUGAGUGGGCGGCAGUAAACCACUUACUUCGAGAACUGAGAGCAAAGCAGCCUGACCUGACUCCUGGACUGCCCACUGUUGGAGCCUCUGCUAGUCAGACUGUUACUCUAGUGACACAACCUGUGGUUACCAAGGAAACUGCCAUCUCCAAACUAGAAAUGCCAUCUUCCUUGCUGUUGGAGGUACCUGCUCUGGCAGAUUUCAACCGGGCUUGGACAGAACUUACCGAUUGGCUUUCUCUGCUUGAUCAAGUUAUAAAAUCACAAAGGGUGAUGGUGGGUGAUCUUGAAGACAUCAACGAGAUGAUCAUCAAACAGAAGAUAGUGGAUUCCCUGAUGAAUUGUCAUCUCCAAGGGACAACACUACAGGAUUUGGAACAGAGGCGCCCCCAGUUGGAAGAACUCAUUACUGCUGCUCAGAAUUUGAAAAACAAAACCAGCAAUCAAGAAGCUAGAACAAUCAUUACAGAACGAAUUGAAAGAAUUCAGAAUCAGUGGGAUGAAGUACAAGAACACUUUCAGAACCGGAGGCAACAGUUAAAUGAAAUGUUAAAGGAUUCAACACAAUGGCUGGAAGCUAAAGAAGAAGCUGAGCAGGUCAUAGGACAGGCCAGAGCCAAGCUUGAGUCGUGGAAGGAGGGCCCUUACACAGCGGAUGCAAUCCAGCAGAAAAUCACGGAAACCAAGCAAUUGGCCAAAGACCUCCGCCAGUGGCAGAUCAAUGUAGAUGUGGCAAAUGACUUGGCACUGAAACUUCUCCGGGAUUAUUCUACAGAUGACACCAGAAAGGUACACAUGAUGACAGAGAACAUCAAUGCCUCCUGGGGAAACAUCCAUAAAAGAGUGAAUGAGAGAGAGGCUGCACUGGAAGAAACUCAUAGAUUACUGAAACAGUUCCCCCUGGACCUGGAGAAGUUUCUGGCCUGGCUGACAGAAGCUGAAACAACUGCCAAUGUCCUACAGGAUGCUACCCAUAAGGAGAGGCUGCUAGAAGACUCCAAGGGAGUCAGAGAGCUGAUGAAACAGUGGCAAGACCUCCAAGGAGAAAUUGAAGCCCACACUGAUAUCUAUCACAACCUCGAUGAAAAUGGCCAAAAAAUCCUGAGAUCCUUGGAAGGUUCAGAUGAAGCAACCCUGUUACAGAGACGUUUGGAUAACAUGAACUUCAAGUGGAGUGAACUUCGGAAAAAAUCUCUCAAUAUUAGGUCGCAUUUGGAAGCCAGUUCUGACCAGUGGAAGCGUCUGCACCUUUCUCUUCAGGAGCUUCUGGUGUGGCUACAACUGAAAGAUGACGAAUUAAGCCGCCAGGCACCUAUUGGAGGCGAUUUCCCAGCAGUUCAGAAGCAGAAUGAUGUACACAGGGCCUUCAGGAGGGAAUUGAAAACUAAAGAACCUGUAAUCAUGAGUACUCUUGAGACUGUACGAAUAUUUCUGACAGAGCAGCCUUUGGAAGGAAUGGAGAAACUCUACCAGGAGCCCAGAGAGCUACCUCCUGAGGAGAGAGCCCAGAAUGUCACUCGUCUCCUACGAAAGCAGGCUGAAGAAGUCAACACUGAGUGGGAGAAACUGAACUUGCACUCUGCUGACUGGCAGAGAAAACUAGAUGAAGCCUUGGAAAGACUGCAGGAACUUCAGGAAGCUACCGAUGAGCUGGAUAUCAAGCUGCGCCAGGCUGAGGUGAUCAGGGGGUCCUGGCAGCCUGUAGGUGAUCUCCUCAUUGACUCUCUUCAAGAUCACCUCGAAAAAGUCAAGACACUUCGUGGAGAAAUCACACCUCUUAAAGAGAAUGUGAGUCAUGUCAACGACCUUGCUCGCCAGCUGACCACGUUGGGCAUUCAGCUCUCCCCAUAUAACCUCAGCACUCUGGAAGACCUGAACAGCAGGUGGAAGCUUCUGCAGAUGGCUGUUGAGGAUCGAGUCAGGCAGCUGCAUGAAGCCCAUAGGGACUUUGGCCCAGCAUCCCAGCAUUUCCUUUCCACUUCUGUUCAGGGCCCGUGGGAGAGAGCCAUCUCACCGAACAAAGUGCCCUACUAUAUAAACCACGAGACCCAAACAACUUGCUGGGAUCAUCCCAAAAUGACAGAGCUCUACCAGUCUUUAGCUGACCUGAAUAAUGUCAGGUUCUCAGCCUAUAGAACUGCCAUGAAGCUCAGAAGACUGCAGAAAGCCCUUUGCUUGGAUCUCUUGAGCCUCUCUGCUGCAUGUGAUGCCUUGGAUCAGCACAACCUCAAGCAAAAUGACCAGCCCAUGGAUAUCCUGCAGGUCAUUAAUUGUUUGACCACUAUUUAUGAUCGCCUGGAGCAAGAGCACAACAAUUUGGUCAAUGUCCCUCUCUGUGUGGAUAUGUGUCUCAACUGGCUGCUGAACGUUUAUGAUACGGGACGAACGGGGAGGAUCCGUGUUCUGUCUUUUAAAACUGGCAUCAUUUCUCUGUGUAAAGCACAUUUGGAAGACAAGUACAGAUACCUUUUCAAGCAAGUGGCAAGUUCUACAGGAUUCUGUGACCAGCGCAGGCUGGGCCUCCUUCUGCAUGAUUCUAUCCAAAUCCCAAGACAGUUGGGUGAGGUCGCAUCCUUUGGGGGCAGCAACAUAGAGCCAAGUGUCAGGAGCUGCUUCCAAUUUGCUAAUAAUAAGCCCGAGAUUGAAGCAGCCCUCUUCCUGGACUGGAUGAGACUGGAGCCCCAGUCCAUGGUGUGGCUGCCUGUCCUACACAGAGUGGCUGCUGCAGAAACUGCCAAGCACCAGGCCAAGUGUAACAUCUGCAAGGAGUGCCCAAUCAUUGGAUUCAGGUACAGGAGUCUAAAGCACUUUAAUUAUGACAUCUGCCAAAGCUGCUUCUUUUCUGGUCGAGUUGCAAAAGGACAUAAAAUGCACUAUCCCAUGGUAGAAUAUUGCACUCCGACUACAUCCGGAGAAGAUGUCCGUGACUUUGCCAAGGUACUAAAAAACAAAUUUCGAACCAAAAGGUAUUUUGCGAAGCAUCCCCGAAUGGGCUACCUGCCAGUGCAGACUGUCUUAGAGGGGGACAACAUGGAAACUCCCGUUACUCUGAUCAACUUCUGGCCAGUAGAUUCUGCGCCUGCCUCGUCCCCUCAGCUUUCACACGAUGAUACUCAUUCACGCAUUGAGCAUUAUGCUAGCAGGCUAGCAGAAAUGGAAAACAGCAAUGGAUCUUAUCUAAAUGAUAGCAUCUCUCCUAAUGAGAGCAUAGAUGAUGAACAUUUGUUAAUCCAGCAUUACUGCCAAAGUUUGAACCAGGACUCCCCCCUGAGCCAGCCUCGUAGUCCUGCCCAGAUCUUGAUUUCCUUAGAGAGUGAGGAAAGAGGGGAGCUAGAGAGAAUCCUAGCAGAUCUUGAGGAAGAAAACAGGAAUCUGCAAGCAGAAUAUGAUCGUCUGAAGCAGCAGCAUGAACACAAAGGCCUGUCCCCACUGCCGUCCCCUCCAGAAAUGAUGCCCACUUCUCCCCAGAGUCCUCGGGAUGCUGAACUCAUUGCUGAGGCCAAGCUACUGCGUCAACACAAAGGCCGCCUGGAAGCCAGGAUGCAAAUCCUGGAAGACCAUAAUAAACAGCUGGAGUCACAGUUACAUAGGCUAAGGCAGCUGCUAGAGCAACCCCAGGCAGAGGCCAAGGUGAAUGGCACCACGGUGUCCUCUCCUUCUACUUCUCUACAGAGGUCAGACAGCAGUCAGCCUAUGCUUCUUCGAGUGGUUGGCAGUCAAACUUCAGAAUCUAUGGGCGAGGAAGAUCUUCUCAGCCCUCCCCAGGACACAAGCACAGGGUUAGAGGAAGUGAUGGAGCAACUCAACAACUCCUUCCCCAGUUCAAGAGGACACAAUGUAGGAAGCCUUUUCCACAUGGCAGAUGAUUUGAGCAGAGCAAUGGAGUCCUUAGUUUCAGUCAUGACAGAUGAAGAAGGAGCAGAAUAAAUGUUUUUCAACUCCUGAUUCCCGCAUGGUUUUUAUAAUAUUCAUACAACAAAGAGGAUUAGACAGUAAGAGUUUACAAGAAAUAAAAUCUAUAUUUUUGUGAAGGGUAGUGGUACUAUACUGUAGAUUUCAGUAGUUUCUAAGUCUGUUAUUGUUUUGUUAACAAUGGCAGGUUUUACACGUCUAUGCAAUUGUACAAAAAAGUUAUAAGAAAACUACAUGUAAAAUCUUGAUAGCUAAAUAACUUGCCAUUUCUUUAUAUGGAACGCAUUUUGGGUUGUUUAAAAAUUUAUAACAGUUAUAAAGAAAGAUUGUAAACUAAAGUGUGCUUUAUAAAAAAAAAAGUUGUUUAUAAAAACCCCUAAAAACAAACACCAUACACAUGCGCACACACAGACACACACACACAGACACACACACACACACACACACACACACACACACACACACACAAACUGAGGCAGCACAUUGUUUUGCAUUUUUUAGUGUGAUAUUCAUAUGGAAUUCAUGGCAUUUUUCUUUUCUUACAUAUUAAAGGUAGGACUUAACGCUAACACCACCAAAUGACUACUUCGUGUUGCUUUUUUGAGAAUUAUUGACUGAGUGGGUCUGACUGUGCACUCUCAUGUUACCCAUCUAUAUGUCUAUAAGUAUGUAAAUACUAUAGGUGUAUAGAUACAUAGGCGUGAAUUUCUGUAGACCUUUUUACAUUACUUCAGAUGUUCCUACCACUUCCUGAUGGAAAAAAGAUGCCUCAGUCAUCCUGGCUGACCUGCUUGGCCUAGGAUGAGUUUUUCCUGGAGCCUGAAGCCAGGAGGGAGCUACCAUGCUAAAACAUUAUAUGUGGGGCUCCAGAUGUUUCUCAUUUUAAACUUUUCACUGACAACUAGAGCAUUGAAUUUUUUAAAAAGGAACAUGUGAAUGAAUACACAAGACUUAUUAUGUCACUAUAAUCUGUUGGAUGAUGUAUUCAGCUUCUUGCUGCUGCCUGUGCCACAAUUUCGAUUUAAUGAUGCUUCUUUCGUGGAAGUCAGAGCACCACAAGGCAUUUUUAACUCGCAGGCACUAGGAAGAUUAUGGUGGGGCUGGGGGCUAUGGAGGCCCAGCCAAUACCUGCAAGGCAGCGGCCACUCUUGAAGUAAAGGUCUGGGUGAAUAUUCAUAACCAUCCAUAUUUAUGCUUUCUAACUACAGCUCAAUUAUUCUGCCUGCUCACAGUAAAACAGAAGUGGGUGGUUUUGACGCUAUUGUUGUUUAGAUAUUUUUCCUCAUCACAAUGAAUGUUUCAAUGCUGCAGACUUAGUUUAAAAUAACUCUUGGAAAAUGGUAUAAGACUGUAGCCGCGUCACAUUGUGUGACACUGAUAAAUACCAAACCAGAAGCCUAUGAACUGUGUUUCUCCCUUGGCAGUUGUCUGCCACUAAUUCCACAUAGGUUUGUAAGUGGGAAGAGAAAUCAAUUUGAAUGAUCCAAAAAGCAAAAGUUUCUCCAAAGCUUUUCUGGGGAAUUAGGCAAGUGUUAAAUAUAUUUAAAAAAAAAUUGUUCAAGAGGAGGAAAAAAAGAAAAAAGGAAAGCUAAGGACUGGCAGGAAAAGCUUUACUCUUUCAUGUCAUUUUAUUACUCUUUCAUUUUAUAAAAAUCAUUAAUUCAGUAGAAAUCACCGUGUGUCCUGUUAUUUUGCAAAUCUAUUACUCUGCCAUCAAGUGUAAUUAACUUUUGGAGAGUGGGUUUUGUCCAUUAUUUUAUUAAUGAUAAUUAACAUCAAACACAGCUUCUCAUGCUAUUUCUACCUCACUUUGGUUUUGGGGUGUUCCUGGUAAUUGUGCACAUCUGAUUUCACAGCUUCACUUGUCUAUUGUGUGGACAUUUUUCAUUUUCCUUUUCCUCUAUAAUUUUCAAAAGAAAAUCCAAAGCUCUAAGGUAACAAAUUACAAGGAGAUUUGGUUUUAGUCUUGGAUUUGUUCCCUUAUGUGACACUGGACUUUUCCUAUACUCACAGAUUUGUUUUAACUAAGAAUUAAAACAAAAGGGGUUACUUUACAUCCUAAUAAGUUUUAAGUUUCACUCUAAAAUCAGAGGUAGUAUGCAUAAUUUGUUUUAAUCUUGUUUUCUUUUAUCUUUUAGAUAUUAGUUCUCGAGUGAGUCUGUCAAAAUAUUUGAAUAAAAACUGAGAGCUUUAUUGCUGAGUUUAAAGCUUAAUUUGGAUAUUAUUUUGUGUUCUUUAUAACCACCAAGUAUUAAACUGUAAAUCAUAGUCAAUGUAACUGAAGCAUAAACAUCACAUGGCAUGUUAUGUCAUUGUUUUCAGGUACUGGGUUCUUACUUGAGUAUCAUAAUAUAUUGUGUUUUAACACCAACACUGUAACAUUUACUAAUUAUUUUUUUAAACUUCAGUUUUACUGCAUUUUCACAACAUAUCAGACUUCACCAAAUAUAUGCCUUACUAUUGUAUUAUAUUACUGCUUUACUGUGUAUCUCAAUAAAGCACGCAGUUAUGUUACAAA